CACACACACACACGACACAAUACACACAAAACACGGUUUAAUAUUAAUUUAUUAAAAAUAUAAAUUAGAAAAUAGCGUAUUAGGUAGCAAGUUUAUGUUGUUAUAAUGAUGCGAAAGGUAACAAGACGAGGCACAAUGGUAACCGACGAAAAUAUACCGUAUGUACUAAACGAAUCAGAGAAACAGAGCUUGGAGGGUAGCUUCAGUUCGGUAAAUCGAAGUCCCUGUUUGAGCCAAGAAAACAUAACACGGACAUACUUGCUCCUGCUGGACUACAAACAAUUCAAGGCUACCCAGACCAUCCAACGCACCUGGCGGCGCUUCCAUCGUCGUUGCCAGUUUCUCAGCAGAACCAAGGCGGCCAUCACCAUACAACGCUGGUGGCGUGGAUUUUUGGCCCGAAACAAGCAAGUAAGCUUCGUGGAAAACAUGCUACAGGAUAGGGUAGUCCGUCACUACCACAAAUCGGCCACCAAGAUCCAGGCCCUGUUCCGAGGCUGGAGGAUCCGCCAGACAGUGCAUGACAACAGUCGUUUGCGUAAAAUGCAGGUCUGUGCCGCUGAGGAUUUGCUCAAUUGUGUCGCCUUCAAGCUGCAUCAUUUGCUAAGGACCUAUUCCAUACCCGGGGUGUACUCUCUGAGGAACUCCAACUGCUUGUCGCGCGUAGAGAAACUGCUGGCUAGCCUCCACUUCCGGUUCCGCAAUGGCCGCAUAAAAUCACAAAUAGUGUGUGCGGACGGUCAGAGAGGUGAGGAGUUGGACUCAAGAAGAAGCCAUUGCCAACAAAAAGUUCAAGCAACUCAUACCCAAUACUGGAGCCAAUGCAAGUCCCACUGCUAUGACUACUUGAGAGUAUACAAAGACAUGGACAGGCGGAUGUACAGGAUCAUUGAGAUGUACGAUGCGGCACAGAAGAAGGCUGCCUUGCUAAUGAAAAAUAAACCAUAUAAAAUGCUCCUGGAGAAAGUCAAAAAGACGGGAGAAAAGAACAAGCACGAUUUCUGUGGCGAUGUCAUCGAGAGUAUGCGACGCUGGAACUUUUUGGUUGAGAAAAAAAUCAAAGUGGAUAAGAAUGUGUUUAAAAAUCCCGAGGUUCUGGAAAAAUUUCUCACUGAAAUUUCGGAACUCGCUCAGGAGUAUGAUAAUUGCUCCUGUUACUGCCACAUUCCUGUAUUCGAUGAAAUCUAUUGCGGUUAGAGAUUUUCUGAUAUAGAAACCCAGAGAAAAUUAAAGUCCAGAGUGUUACUAUUUUGAA